CCGCCCUCCUCCCCGCCCUCCCCGGCUGCGGAUCCCGGCGGCCACUCGGAGACGCCACACCCGGGCCCCGCACCCCAGGCCCCGGCUCUCGGACCCCGGCCCGAGCGAGCCAUGGGCGGCUGCGGGGCGCUGCUGCUGGGCGCCGUGCUGGCCGCGUGGGCGGCGCGGGCCGGGCGGGGUGCGGACGACGGCGGCUUCGGGGCCUGCGGCGGCUGCUUCUACUCGGGGACCCCGCCCUCGCUGCGCGCCCCCGACGGCCUGCGCCUGUGCCAGCGCUCGGAGGGCGCCCCGCGCCUCGCCACCCUCUACAGCCCGGGCCUGCGCGCGCCCCUCUACUCCGCCCUGCGCGCGCCCGCGCCCCCCGCGCCCCCCGGCCCGCGCCCCGCGCCGCGCUGGCUGCUGCACCCCAAGGUGGAUGACCCCGACAGUGAGCUGGAGGAUGGGCUGGAGGAGUCGCAGGCAGUCGCCAUGGUGCCCGGGCUGGGGACCCGGCAGGCGCUGAGCGCCGACUACCUGGGCUCCGAGUACGAGCGAGGACAGCUGUGGCCGCUGUCGCUGGGCAGUGCUGAUGGCCCGGACACCUGGGCGCUCACCAACGCCGUGCCCAUGCGGCCGUGGCUGCGGCGACGCUGGCACGCCAACCUGCUCGGCCUGCUGGAGCGUGCCCUGCGCCCACAGUGCCAGCCCGAAGACCGGCUGUUCCUGCUGGCGGGCGCUGUGCCCUCCGGGGACACCCUGCAAGGCAGGGUGGCCCUGCCCGCCUUCCUGUGGCUGGCGGCCUGCUGUGCGGCCCCCGGGGGCGGCUGGGCCAUGGGCUUCGUGCAGCAGCCGCGCGAGGACGCUGUCAUCGAGGACCUGAUGCUUCGGGACCUGGAGGCGCUGCUGCCCUCGCGGCCCCAGCUGUUCCAGAGCCACUGCGCAGAGAGCGAGCAGGACACAGAGCGCAUGAAGAGCAUCCUGGAGGUGGUGAACCAGCUGCAAGCCGAGGACCGCGCCGCCCAGGCCCAGCCCGGGCCCCCACCCUCCGAGGCCGAGGAGGCCGCCCCGCAGCCCCCCCGGGAAGCCGAGGAAGCCCCCGAGGAGGCCGCCCCGCCCCGAAAGCCCCUGGGCCCGCUGGGUGUGCUGGUGAAGCUGCUGCGGCUGCUGUGGGGCCUGGCGCUGGGCGUGCUGCGGGCGACGCUGCAGCUGCUGGACUUCCUGUGCUGGCAGGCUCUGGGCUGCGUGCGGGGCUGCCUGUGCCGCCUGGGCGCCUUCCUGCUGGCCAUCGGCGGGGAGCUGCUGGCCGUGCCCUGGCAGGCCCUGCGCGUGCUGGGCGGGGUGGGCCGGGCGCUGCUGCGCAUGCUGUGCUGCCUGCUCAAGGCUGUGUGCCGGCUGCUGGCGCUGCCCCUGCGUGUGCUGCUGGACGUGGCCGCCUUCCCCCUGCACACGCUGGGCGCCGUCCCGCUGGUGUGCCGCGACAUCGCGCUGGGCCUGGGCGGCACCCUGGGGCUGCUCCUGGACGCGGCCUUAGGCACCGCGGGCGGCCUCUGCCAGCUGCUCUUCGGCGUCUGCAGGCGCUUCUGCUUCCGGGCAGCCGCCGCCACCACCGCCGCUGACGGCUCCGGAGAGUUCUAGAACACCAGGCCCCCGUGGCUGCCCGCAGUGUGUCAUCCUGGCUUCUGACUGGAAAGCUGGAAGCUGUGCUUUCUCCCGUGACUGCACUGUGGCCUCUGGGGGAUGUCUGUCUUUCUGUCUGUCUGUCUAUCACUGGGCAGGAGGGGUGUGCAGGUGUCUGCGGUCACCUGGGCAGACUUCCCCUGCGCCGCCUAUUCCCCAUCCAUGCCGCCGUCCACUGGGCCCCUGGGAGACGCGUGCUCAGUGAUGGUCACACAGGGGCCUGCCCUCCCCUUGCCCUCAUGCAGGCGACACUGCCCUCCCGCGACGGCCAGGCUGCUGCUUCCCCUCACACACCUUUCCCUGGAGGGGCCUUUUGGGCGAGGGCCAGCGCCUCUGGUAGGUGUGCGUGUGUGGCGUAGCUGGGUGGGCAGGCUAGCUGUGGGGUGCGGCCCAGCACUCUGGGGAGUGGGAGAAGCACAGGGCCCAGCCAGCUCCAAGGUGGGGGCUGCUCUCCGUGCUGACCCAUGUCCCCCACCUCGGGCGAGGCUGAGCUCCGAUGCACCGCUGAACUGCACAGCCCCCCAAGCCGGGCUCUCGCCCCGUGGCCACCACCCGCGGCCCUCACACCACGGCCAUCCUGUGCGAGGAGCCUGUGCGGACGCUAUCCCGGCCCCCCGGGAAGGGGCCUCCACCUUAGACGGGCGCACACCCGGGCAUCAUGAAGCCUGCUGGAGAGCCCGGCCUCAGCAAGGCCUCUUUGUAGCGUGGGGGAGGCUAGGAAGAACCGCUCGGGUCAGGAUAGCUCACGUGGACGGGUUCCAGCCCGGCCCCCACUGCACUGCAGAAGCUUCAGAACUGUAGUGUCUUUGUCUUCCUCGCUUUCUGUCUAGAAAAAGACAAAACAAAACCAAGCAGACAGCUCUUGUGGAUGCUCCCCUCAGGAGCCGACCCCCGCCUGCUUAUUCCUCCUUCUUGGCCCGCGGGCUGUUUGGUGCCUGUACAAGGACAAGCCCUCUGCUCCCACAGACACUCCUUUUUUAUUGGAUAGGACAGAGAAAUUGGGAGCGGGGAGAGAGAGAGAAAGAGAGAGAGAGAGAGAGAGAGAGAGAGAGAGAGAGAGACCUGCAGCCCUGCACCAGCACUCGUGAAGUGGGCGUCUGGAACCCAGGUCCUUGUGCACUGUAACAUGUGCACCCAGCCUGUGUGCCCCCCCCCUUGCUUUUCACGGAGCCUGUGUCAGUUUACUGCACGGAGAGAGUGGCGGCCCCACCCAGGGGAGCAUCUGGCUGUCCCUUUGUGCUCUCAGGGUGCCCUGAGGUGCAGGAGGGGCAAGGAUCUCACGAUGGUUUUGGGGUGUAGGCCCAGCCUCCUCAACACCGGAUGGCAAAACGUGGGGUCCCAAAAGGUGUCAGUGAGACGGAGGGGGCAGGUAUGCUGUGUGCUGGGCUAAGGUGUAGAGAGUGGCUGUGUGGGGGCAUUGUAGAGAUGCAGCGCUGUGGCUGGCGGGGGCUCUGGGGUGCGAGGCUCGGCCGUGUCCUCAGGAUUCUGAAGCACGCCCGUGUCUGGGGACGGCUGCGGGGUGUGGUGCUGUUGGUCUGGGCCCGUGUGCAGACGGGGGAGGUCAAAGGGGAGGCGCGGGUUCCCAGGGAUCCAGGCACUGAGGGCACCUGUGUCCCAGCACCCCAGGAUGGCAGCUGCACCCCCCACUCUGGCCUGUGUUCAGCCGCCAAGGAGAAUCGGUGACGACUGUCCUCUGAGUGACCCCGUCUGCACCUCGGGGCCAGGGCCCAAGCCGCCCCCUCCGCUGGAUUCCUGUCUUAUUUAUUUAUUCCUGUGUGGCCUUUUGGGAACUCUGGGAAGGGAAGACAAAAGUGACCCCAAGAGGGCUGGCUGGUGGGGGUGCUUGUUAGGCCCCACAGCUGGGGUGCUCUCUGGGAGCAGGGAGAUGGGCUGUGGGCAGCGCAUGGCAGGCCUGCUUGACUCCGAUGCUCAAUAAAGUGGCCGUGACAACC